CAAUAGAUGGAACCCGCGAUUGCAUCGACUGUCAACGGUGGAGAGACAUGCGCCAUGGAGACGGAGGACAUUCUGACGGGUUUUGCAGAUGGCCGCAAGGAAGGGAAUUCGGUUGGAGGGAACACCGCAGACUGUGCAGAGGUGCUUGCGACAAUAUAUGCACAGACUGCAGAGAUGAUGGGUGAUGGUGAUGAAACAAAGAAUGAUGCAGGAGGGAGCAUUUGUGAGACGGAAAAGGUUGGGGAAGAGAGAGAGGAGGGAGGUCUGGGAAGCAGGGCAUCUCUGACAGGGUGUAUUGUGAAAGAUGAAAAUGUGGUGAAGACAUCAGUAGGAGAAGAGUACCCAUAUGACAUCAAUUGGGUGCCGGAUCGUGUUCAACCGGGUAUUGUUGGAGGAGCACCCUGCUUUGCGUUCAAAGUCGAUGGGACAUGGGUUCCAUUUCCUGCCCCCAAAAUGAAUACAUGGCGAAACGUAACUCUGUCAAUCAUGUUUGACAGAGUAUUAAGGUUGAAUGAUGGGGCAACACCACAGGAGAAAGGACGAUAUGCAUUGGAAAUGUGGCGUAGCCCGGGGAAGAUGAAGAAGUGCAUGUCGGGACCGCCACGUGGGCAGACGCCCGCAGGCAGAAAGAAGGUGAACCCCAAGGCGGUGCCAGCGACCGGAGACACCGCAGGUGCACGAACUCAGGUCCCCGGACGCCGUCAACGCUCCGGGAUGGCAACUUCGGCGGAAAUCAGAAAGUUGCAACGAUCCACCGACCUUUGUCUGGCUUUCAGGCCGUUCUUGCGGCUCAUGUGCGAGGCUGUGAGGGAGGACAUUGCUCUGGGUAUGGGCGUGAGGUUUCAGAUGACGGCGGUGCGUGCUUUGAUGGAGGCUGCCGAGGUGUACCUGGUCGCCAAUUUCGAGACCAUCAACGAGGUGGCCAUCCAUUCGAAGAGGGUGACGAUCCAGGUCAAGGACAUGAGACUGGUGAAUAGGUUGUCGAAGCCUCGCUGGGUUGAGAAAUAUCAAGGUAUGUUGGACAAGAAGGCGAGAGCUGAGGAGAGACAGCAAUGGAUGGAGGCCAGACAGGCGGAAAGGGAUGGCAGCAGAGCAGGGGCGAAGAAGAGGAAAGCUGUGCCACGUAAGGAGGGGCACGCGAAAAAAAGGCAGCUUGAGAAUUUUACUGUGUGUGCUGCAUAAUGGUUGUCCUGUCGAAUCGUGGACUCCG